UGCAACUCGGAACAAGCAACGCCAACUUUUGCGAAACACCCUGAUAUCGCAUCGCCUUGCCUCUGUUCACCGUCCAGUGCCUAUCAUACCGCUUGUCAUAGUUAUCCUAACCUUCACCUUGAAACUGCAAAAUCCCCCUUUUUGUUUUUGUUUUGUACAGCAACAUGCCCAUUAUGGCUGCGGGUCUCGACAGCCACAGGCUGGGCGCCGUUUUCCACUCUCGACCAGACAUUAUCGAAGGAAUAAAAAGAGCAGCCGAUUCACCAGGUCGUGUGACCCUCUUCAACAACAUCGCAAACUUCGUCUACGACCAGAUCAACGGCUCCGAACCCGCCGCGAAACGUCGCCGAGUCGACAACGGCGUUGGCAAUGGUUUUACCGCUUCCAACACGAAUGGCAUCAAGUCGGAGGUCGUCGUGAAAUCAGAAGGCGGCGACGCUGCCGACGAGCAAGUAUUGCUGGAGAUCAAGGAACUCUCCGUGUCGGUACCCCAACGCAAAAAGUUCGACCUAUGCUUUACCGAGAACCAUUUCUACGCCCGCGCGCCGGGGACCAAAGCGCCCGUACAGGGCAUCUGCCAUGCCUGGACGGACAUUGAGUAUGCGUUUUAUCUGCCAGUGCCCGAAAAAGCACAAGUGCAGCACAACUACAUCCUCUUCCCGCGGGGCUCUUGCCUGCCCUCCAAAACCGAGACCCCGACCGCCGAACCGCUCGUUUUCACCAUCCCCGCCACAGCGCCGAAGCAAGGCACCGUCCUCGGCCCCGAGGCAGGCGACGCCACCGCCGUCUCCGACAGCUACCGCACCCUCUUCGACUGGGCUCUCACCAAACACCUCCGCUCCGCGGGGAACCCCGCCGAGAUCGUCUCCGCCAACCCGGCCCGGUUCCACAGCAUGGCGCGCCAGCCCCACCGGCCCAACGAGAAAGCGGUGCACGUCAAGGCCUUCCGGGGCUCCAAGGACGGGUACCUCUUCUUCCUGCCCAACGGGAUCCUCUGGGGGUUCAAGAAGCCGCUGCUGUUCGUGCCGCUCACGCGCAUCGCGGCCGUCAGCUACACCAGUGUCCUCCAGCGGACGUUCAACAUGGUCGUCGAGGUCUUCACUGGCGAGGGCGGGGACGGGACGGAGGAGCUCGAGUUUGCGAUGCUGGAUCAGGAGGAUUACCGGGGCAUUGACGAGGCGUAUGUGCGGCGGAACGGGCUGCAGGAUCGCAGCAUGGCGGAGCAGCGGCGGGCGAAGAUGGAGCUCGCGGAGAAUAUGAGGAACGGGAAGAAGGGCGGCGGGGAUGAAGGGGAUGCGGCGCCGAAUGCGGGUGAUGGGUUGACGGAGCUCGAGAGGGCGCAGGCGGAGGAGGAACAGAGGCUGCAGGAUGAGGAAGACGAGGAAGAAGAGGACUACGAUCCGGGGAGUGAGGGGGAUAGUGAAGGGGAAGGGGAGACGAGUGAUGAGGGAGACGCGGAGGGAGAUGACGAUGCGGACAUGGAAGAGGCUGAGGAAUACGAGGAGGACGAGGACGAGGGCGAUGAACGCUUAGCUGUCACGGGCCGAUGAGAUGUGGCCUGGUGCCAUGGUUUCUGACCUGAGAGUACGGUUGCGCCUCGCGAGUUACUGAAUGGUUUGUCAUGUAUAAUAGACGGGGUUAUCUAAUGUCCAUGGGGUCCCGAGUCCAUCGAGCUGUGUUUCCCGAACAAUAUACGGAGUACGGAACCGAUAUACCACCUCGGCGCUAGGCCCAAC